AUAAGCAGUUAGCACACAUUCUAAGGCACCAUUCAAGGUAAACGCAAGCUCAGUUUUAAAAGACUAUAAAGCAUGUGAGAUAAUCGGAAAAUGUAAUUGCUGGAUUGACUCUAACCCUGUAAUUAAAUAAUAAUGCUAAUGGAAAUUUACUUUCAACCUUUCAAUUUCACCAAUCCUAGGUAGUGUAAGAGACUCUUGAUUUAGACAUUGGCAGGCACAAAGCAGAAGAAAAGCUUGAGGAUUUAUAGAAAGCAAAAAUGUGUUUAAUGCACCUACACAGAUUCAAAUUACAAAGAACGUUGAAUCUGAAACUUGAAAAAAGGAUUUGUAUACCUGGAAAUUAAAUUGCUGUGAAUUACAUACACUAAUCUGAAGACUUUUCCUUGUUCGUAUUCUUGUUUUCUGUAGGAAGGAGUAGUUGUCUUAACUACUUCAUGAUGAUGCGUCCAAUAGCAAUGCAAUGGUAUGGGUUAGUAGAUCUGGGGUAGUGAGAUGGAUAUUCUGGAAUACUCUUGAAAUUCUGCUAGUCGAUCAGUAUACAGUAAUGCAAUUAUUCUGACUUUAGAAACCAAACUUCCAUGGAAGAAACUCCCCCUUCCAACUUUGGCCCUGAUUCUGCAAAGACAUGAGCACAUGCUUAACUUUAUUUAUGCACUGUGAGAAGUACCAUUGAAGUACAAACAUUUUUGCAGAUACUAACAGGGAUGCCAAAGGAAAAAUAUGAUCCUCCAGAUCCUCGCAGAAUUUACACCAUCAUGUCAGCAGAGGAGGUAGCCAAUGGGAAGAAGUCUCAAUGGGCAGAAUUAGAAAUCUCGGGUAGAGUGCGGUGCUUAAGUACGUCACUUUGGUCACUGACUCACUUGACUGCUCUACACCUCAAUGACAAUAAUCUUGCUCGCAUUCCACCUGAUAUUGCCAAGCUCCAUAAUCUGGUUUACCUGGAUCUAUCAUCCAACAAACUCAGAAGUUUACCAGCAGAACUAGGAAACAUGGUAUCUCUCAGGGAAUUGCUUUUAAAUAACAAUCUGUUACGGGUUUUGCCUUAUGAACUUGGACGGCUCUUCCAGCUACAAACCUUAGGUUUGAAAGGCAAUCCUUUAUCACAGGAUAUUCUCAGCCUGUACCAGGACCCAGAUGGAACACGAAAGCUACUAAACUACAUGCUUGACAAUCUAGCAGUUCAUCCAGAGCAGCUGCCUUCAAGGCCGUGGAUUACUUUAAAAGAACGAGACCAAAUUCUGCCCUCAGCUUCAUUCACAGUGAUGUGUUACAAUGUGUUAUGUGAUAAAUAUGCCACCCGGCAGCUAUAUGGCUACUGCCCGUCCUGGGCAUUAAAUUGGGAGUAUAGAAAAAAGGGAAUCAUGGAAGAAAUCGUGAACUGGGAUGCAGAUAUCAUUAGUCUUCAGGAAGUGGAAACAGAGCAAUACUUCACCCUCUUUCUGCCAGCAUUAAAAGAGCGUGGGUAUGAUGGAUUUUUUUCUCCAAAGUCACGUGCCAAAAUCAUGUCUGAGCAGGAGAGAAAGCAUGUGGACGGCUGUGCAAUAUUCUUCAAAACUGAAAAAUUUACAUUGGUGCAGAAGCACACAGUGGAGUUUAACCAGGUGGCAAUGGCGAACUCUGAAGGUUCAGAAGCUAUGUUAAACCGAGUGAUGACAAAGGACAACAUUGGAGUUGCUGUGGUGUUAGAGGUGCACAAAGAAUUAUUUGGAGCAGGUAUGAAGCCGCUUCAUGCUGUGGACAAACAGUUGCUUAUUGUGGCAAAUGCCCACAUGCAUUGGGACCCUGAAUACUCAGAUGUAAAACUCAUUCAGACUAUGAUGUUUGUCUCAGAACUGAAAAAUGUCCUUGAGAAAGCCUCCGUCAGGCCUGGCAGUCCAACAGCAGAUCCUAAUUCUAUCCCUCUGGUGCUGUGUGCGGAUCUUAACUCACUGCCCGAUUCAGGUGUUGUGGAGUACUUAAGCAAUGGCAUAGUAGCUGACAACCAUAAGGACUUCAAAGAGCUGCGUUACAAUGAGUGUCUCAUGAACUUCAGCGGCAGUGGAAAAAAUGGGGCUUCUGAAGGAAGAAUCACGCAUGGCUUCCAGCUCAAGAGCGCCUAUGAAAACAACUUGAUGCCUUACACCAAUUACACCUUUGAUUUCAAAGGUGUGAUUGACUACAUUUUCUAUUCCAACACUCAUAUGAACGUGCUUGGUGUCCUGGGGCCUUUAGAUCCUCAGUGGCUGGUUGAGAACAACAUCACUGGGUGUCCACACCCUCACAUCCCUUCAGACCACUUCUCACUGUUAACACAGCUCGAACUCCAUCCUCCGCUCCUGCCUCUUGUCAACGGUGUACACUUACCUAACAGGAGGUAGUGGAGCCCUGCCCCUUUGAGGGCUGGGACCUGUUGUUAUGGACCUGUACAGUUGUAAAUCAAAGUAUGUAGGAGUGAAGUAUGGCCAACCUUAAGCUGCUUCUUCAAGCUCCUUUCAUUGUGUGUUUUGAUAUGAGAUUUUGCACAUUUUGGUGCAUGUUGGUAUCAUUUGGCACUAGGGCUGGAACCAAAGUAUUAUUCCCUUUCCAGGAUUUUAAUUUAAUUUUUAAACUGGUAAGCUUACUGUUUCAUUAGAAAGCUGUGUUUAUAAAAUGGGCAAAUCAGAUUCAAAACUUGCAUCAUAAUCUAUUUAAAAUUAAUGCUUUCCUCCAAAUCACAGCACAACAAAUCCUCCUCCUUUUUAAAAAAAAAACAAAAACGAACUGAUAAAUACAACACUUCAAUCUGUUUCAGUUGUAAGGGAGAAUAAUUAGAAAUACUAUUUUACUGAACUCAAAAUGGAGAUCUGGAUUCUGCAUCCAAUAUUAAUUUUGCACGUUAGCAAAGCACUUAAUAUUUAACUGUAAAUUAUUAACAGUAUAGUCGUGUCCCCCCCCACUAGCUGAUACUGGAAAACCAAAAAUGGGCUGCAUUUACUUAUUGAAAGACUAAAUUAUCUCCUGGUGCAACUCCAUUGACUACAAUGGAAUUAUGCCAUGAGAGAAUUUGGACCUGAGCAUUUAAUGCCACAUAGAACUCUUGGUUGGCAGACAACAUGGUGGUAACGUUCUUGGAGCUCUUUCUGGUUAGAAAAUUCAGGAAUUUAAACUGAUGGGCUGUUUUGAGAGGUCUAACAGAGAACUCUCCCUACUUUGACAAUCCGUGAUGGGAACAAGAUUUAGAAACAUAAAAUUAAGAACUUGCACUUAAAAAUUCAGCUGCAAGUUUUCUUAUUGGUGAGUUCUGGAAGAGCAAAUACGUUCCAACUCAAUCUGUAGCUUUCCUGUUUCUAAUGUUAAAUUGCAAAAAUGAUAAACUUUGGAUUGGAGGUACUGGUUAAGCUAAGGGUACAGGAAAAAAAAACCCUCUGGAAAUGAUCUUACUUAUAUCUCCAAAGUGAAGGUUAGAUAGCUCUCUAGGUGCUUUUUUGUGUGGGGGAGAGAGUGGUAGCCAUAAUCAUUCCUUGGAUUAUUUUUCCUGACCCUAGUUGCCAAAUAGCCAUCGUAUGCUUUUAAUACUUUUGUUUCUGUUUUCCUUCAAGGUUGAAUUAAAAAGCUGCUGGUUCAUUCCCAACGGUUAACGCUCUUUAGCUGUGUUGGAAAUCUUUCUUUUUGCACGCUAGGGGGCGCCAGUUCAAAACGUUGUGCCUCAAAAGGCAGUAAACAUAAUGCAAUUUUCUGAAAGAAAUUGGUUGGCUGCUUAAUGUUUAAAAUAUAUAUAUAUGGCACCGUAAUAGGAAAAGGUUGUGUCUGUGUUUUUAAGUUUUUCUUUAUUCUGCUUUUUUGCUGCUAUAAGAUUUUCUUGAAUUUAUAUUUUAAACUUUUCAUGCACUUUACUGUUUCUAGUCUCAAAAUGUGAUAUUUUUAAUAAAAAAGAAUUUUUCCAUGUAUGUGAAUGAAAUUUUUAAACAGAUAAAUAGCCUAUAUUUAUGUCUCAUUCAUAGAUUUAAAAACGGUCACAUUUAAAUUGUUAAAUUAGUUUUAAAUACUAAGAAGCAAUCUUCUGCCUUGCAAAACUAAUACUUUAGCCUGUUCCACCAUUCUUUAAUUAUACAUUUCCUUCUUUAUUGUAUUCAUAGAAAAUUAGGCUCUAGUAGAAAAUGUUCCCUGUAUUUGUUCGGGGGUGGGAUGGGAUGCAGCAGUUGGUUCAAUGAAAUCACAACUCCCUUUCAAAAAAGUGCCUUGAAAUGGAGGCAUCAUCCGUCGUCCAAUAUAAAAUUGGAAGUUAUUGUAGUUGAGUGAAAUUUAAUAAAAAUAAAAAAUUUUGUGCAGCACAAGAAAACCCAACCAAACAAUCAAUCCAAAAAAAAAUUAAAAAAUAAAAAAAAAGCCCUUUUAAAGAUUUCCCUCUAGGUGCAGGUAUCUCUUUUUAUAUACCUCAAGUGUUCAAGGCCUAGGCAUGCAUAUAAAUUGAAAAAGUAAGUAGUGUAUAGUACUGGAAAGUAGAAUAGCAUGAAAAACUUAAUUUUGUGGACAUUACCUUUUUGUAAUCAGCUACUGUAUUCUUUUUUUGUUUUUCUUUUGGAGGGAUGGGUUCUCUGCUCUGGAGAUAUGCACUAACAAACCAUUUUCCUCCUUUCAUACACGCAUGUUAACUAGCAAUGUGAGCAAUAUUUCCUACCAUACUUCACUCCCAAUAUUUUUGAGAUGUUUGUAUAAAAUGGAAUUUCAAGUUCACCUAUGAUUGUAUAUGAACUGCAGAGGAGCCUGUUUAUAAAUCGAUUUAAAAAAAGCAACACAAUCUUUUGUAGUGUUGGGGGAAAAUAAAAAAAUUGGGCAACAGAAACAGCUUAAGUUUUAUUUUCUUCUGAUUCAUAAUUAAUUUGAGGCACUCUGUUGCAGGAAGGUGUUUAAUUGGGUUUUCUCUGCUUCAAAAUGCAUUCUUCAAAAUAUCUGUUAUCCUGUAAUUUUGUUAAAAAAUGUAAUUGACAUUGCACAAAAGCUUUUAUGUUGAAAUGGGUAUUGUUUGUUUUUGUUGGCCCACACACCUGAACAUGUUUACCCAAAUUUCAUGUGUGUGGUUCUCUCCUUCCCCCCCACCCUCCCGCUGUAUUGCCUUUUUUUGGGGCCCCCCCCCUUUUCUUUUUUUAAACAGAAGGGGCAGUAUCUGUAUUGAGCUUCCAUUUCAGGUGAUCAGAAAUGCUGCUGUCCUUAGUGUUUUUGUUUAAAAUACAGAAAAUCUGGAACUCGGUCAAUGAUAAACUUAAGUUUAAUGCCACCUUUAGGUAAAAAAAAAAGCACGGGUGCGCAUUAUCCAGAAGUCGACAUACAUUACCAUAUGUGUCUAGAGUGGAAACUCAUGGCUUUAAGUCGAAAACCUACACAUGCAAAGUCUAUAUUUUCUGCAGUUGUGGUUCUUCUGAUUGUGAAAACUGAAAACUCAGUACCUAUAAGGUGUGUAUGUGUGUAUUUGUCUUGGGAGGGGGAGCAGGCAGGGGAGAGGAAUUUGGGAAAGUGGUAUCACUAAUUUCACUAUAGAUAAAUGGACAACAAAAUACACACAAUUAUUCUCUCUCUUCAUCACUGAUGCUUGUCUCAUAGCUUUAAACAUUGGGAACACUGCAGCAUCCUCAGGACUGGUCACAGGGAAAAAAAGUUCAAAUUCAUGUACUGCUCCUUGCUUAGUUGGUUUUGUUUUAAAAAUAUUGUGCCUGGUGUCAACUUUUAAGCAACAGCACUGCCUAAAGGAAGCAGAGAAAAAAACCGAACACCAUUCUACAGGCAACUUUUUAAAAUUCGAUAUGGUAAAUCUGUUAGAUAUGGGGUUUUGUGUGUAUAUAAAAAAUUUUUGUACAAUGUAGCUGAAUAUUUUUGUUUCAUUAUUUUGAUGUAAGGAGUGUGAACAUUUUGUGUACCACACGUUGAAGUCAGGUAUGGCACAAUGGGUUCUGAGACCAGCUUUUCUUCCCAUUUGCCUUGUUCAAAACUUUUUUUCCUUUCUUUCUGUUUCUAGCAUUCAUCAAGAAAAUACUUCAUUUUAGCAGUAAGCUUACUAUGUGUUUGAAGCCACUCUUGUUUCUAGUCGGCAGAAAUAUAAAACCCUUUUUCUUGUUGGUUCCGACUACUCCUUGUUAUCCUAUGUUUAUAAACCAUAGCCAAAAUCUUCAGUCCCUUAAAAUCUUCAAAAGUACCUACCCCAGGGUUGGCCUAACUCUGUUCCCAGGGUUUCACCAUUGACUUCAAUGGGGACAGAGUCAGGCCAGUGCUGAGAGAGUCUGGAAAAUCUCCCAUCCUGGGUGCUUUUGAGUUAGCUCCUCUGUCCAGGGUCACGACCAGAUGCCUGAAUUACAGUGGCCUGUUUUUCCAAGGUGCUGAGCACCUGUAGUUCCCAUUUACUUCACAAUUUCUGAAAAUCCAGGCCCGUUACAUUGUGGUGUCUGAACAUGAUUUUAGGAGCUUAACUUUCAGCACCUAUUUCUGAAGACUUUGACCUAAAUCACAAGGGAGUAAAUUAAAAGAUGAUAUUAAAGGCUCAUAUCACUUGAUUCCACAGGGAUUAAGUUUGGUGAGGGGAUCGCAGGUGUGGAGUAUAGAGAGGAGACCAGCUAUAAAAGCUGGUUUAAAUUCAAGGUUACUCUGAUUUGGUAGCACAAAAUAUACGAGGAAAAUAUGGUGGGUAACUUUGGGCAUUUACAUCUGUUCAAAGAUUUCUAAAUCACUAGUGCAUUAGUAAUACUCUUUCCAUAAUCUGUUAAACUGAGAAGAGGAAGGUGUGGGCAGUUAAUAUCAAAGAUCAGAUUUAAACCCAGCAACUGAAGUGACAACAUUUCUAUUAUAAUUCUUGGCUUUCGGCAUCAAAACUUGGUUUGGCAAGAUACUUGGCAUACAAGAUUUAGGAGUGGAAGAGGUUUUUUAAUACUAAUUAUCAAACAAUAUUGAUUAGAUUGCUAUUUAAAUAUCACAAAGGAUUAGUUUGAUAUAGCCUGAAAUUCAUAUCCAUUUAAAAAGGAAGUUGUAGUAGUCAUUAAUCUUCAAAUAAGAAAUGUUUUUUUAAUGGCUUGAGUAUUGUACAUAUUUACAUGGUUAAUCUUGUAUCAGUUAUUUUGUACUGCCAUGUAGAUAUUCUUCUUUAUUUACAAAGAUCUAGCUUCACAAAAACAAGCAAAUGUUACACUUUAAAAUUACCUUCUGGAAUGACACUUCAUCUUCUAUAUUGGGAGAGGACAGAUUGAAACAUACGUACUUGGAGCAUGUCUCACUGUUAUGAGAUGUCUAAGCAUAACUAAGCGAGGAAAGUGACGUGUCCUGCUUGUGUUAAAGUUUAAAUUGCCUUACUCUUAUGAGCUUCAGUGCUCUCUGUAUUCUUUUUGUGAUUUGAUCCUUUGAAGUUUUAAUACAAUCGAAAACUCUCCUAGAAUUUUAUGAAUGACUCAAUAUGUGUAUAGUAUUGUGUAAAUAUACACUUAGGAACCUGAAUGGUCCAUCAAGUACUUGAUCUGUUUUAUCAGUCUGCAGUAGGAAGCCAUUAAGCUAAAAUCAGUCCUUUUGAAAACAUGGAGCCGGACAGCAUAGUUUGAGAGAUUGGUAAUGGGAUAGCGAGCUGUUUACCUGUAUUAUCAUUUCAGAUGUGAUUGCUUUUACACAAUAUUCAUCAAAUGAGUUGCCUGCUAGGAGGAGAAGUGACACCAAGGGAGAAGUGCUGGCCCCACUGAAGACAAUGGGAGUUUUGAUAUUGACUGCAGUAGGGGAAGGAUUUUACCGCAAUUGUCCAGGUUAUAAAACCACCACCCUUGCUAAAAAUUUAACAUCUGGAUUGACAGUCUGAAAUAUCAUUGGUUGAACACAUGCAACUUCCUCUUUCCUGUAGAGGUGGUCUCUCCAGAACAGCAUUGAGAUGUCUUGGCAGAGCAACAGAGGGAAGCUUUAAUCACCACUACUUGUACAGAUGACUCAAUUUGCUAGUACCUGACAGGGGGGACAUUAAAGAGAUUAUUAAAAAUAGCUGAAUAAGUUAGCUGAACGCUGGCAACAGCGAAAAGUGCAUUGUUAAGGUCUGGGCCUGCUAAAUUCAUAAUGUGAAAGUCAUUUCAUGUUAGAUUUGUAAAUAUUUUGCAAGAAUACUGUAAAAAUAAAAUAAGUUUUAUACAUUAACAGCUUUAAAAAACCCAAAACAUUUCUUGAGUCUUUAUGCCAAGUGUCAGCAGAGAAAUAACUUUCAUAAGUAUAUAAACACUUUAAAAUGAGUUUUACAUAUAUACCCCAAGCACUGUUAUAACUGAUUUGGGGGGUGGGGGUGGGGUUAAAAUGCUGAACUCUAAACUGGUGCAUCUUUAUCCUGUGUAGUAGUGAAGACAUUUUGUACUGAUAUUUACCAGACUUUAUUUACUUUUAAAAUCACCGGGAGAAAAAAUGAUAAAGUUGAGGAGGUUGUCUUUGAAAGCGAUUAGAAAAGUGACUAACAUCUUAGCUAAUCUUAAAACAUGGUAAACAGAGUAAACUUGGCUGGAUUUGUUUGGCUGGAAGAUAGAAUACUUCAGGGACUCCUGUUCUUGAUGUAGAUUCUAAAAUAAGUGAAGUUGGGGAAAUACAAUUUGUAUUUUAAUAUAAUGUAUUUGAACAGUUUUGAUGGCAAAACAUGCCAAGUGAUAUGACUCUUUUCAGCAUAGUACAGUGUGUUUAGCUUGCAAAGUCCUUCACUGUUUUAGUAGUGAGAGGUGGAGUGAUUCUGGUAUUACUUGGUCUCAUCCUUUUGUUAAACUGUUUCCAAGAGUAAGACAUUUACCAAGUUCUUAUUUGUCUCUGUAUUUGUUUUUGUUUUAAAAUAAAGAAUCAUGGUGGCUCUCUUUACAAGUGACAUUGUUAAUAUUAUUUUGGCUUUGUUUUCCAUUGUUAAUUAUUGUGUAGUAUGGUUUUUCCAAGCAAUUAAAGUGUUGUGUGCACCAUGUUAUCAAACUUUUUGCCUGUAAUUCACUAAACCCAUACGUUUGACUGGAUCGGUGGUGAUAUGAGCCCAGGCUUUACUUUUUUCCUUUUUUUCUUUUUCUUUUUUUAUGAACUAGACAGUGGGAGUAUAAUGCUCCUAGGUACAUCAACUGUGUCUGGGUAAUCGGAAACUGCGCUAUAAUUUUUCUGUACAAAUCUGUUAAAAUACAGUUUUCCCAUUUUAUGAAAAUUCGAACGAAGCAAACUUUUCCCGAUUCCUGACUCAGCUCUGCAUUUGAACAGCUCCAUUACUGCACAUAGGAAAAAUGAAUUAAGUGCUAAUCCUGCUCCUGUUGAGGUCUUAUUUGAGUUUCGCCUUGACUGCAAUGGGAACCAGGUCAGGCUCACAGUCUGCAUUGAACUGCAAAUUUCUUAAAACACCAGCUUCUAGGAGUGCACUUUUGAGAUUCUGUACAGUUGUCCUAAUGCAGCAAAAUUCUUGGAUUCUGGAAAAGUUUUCAAAAAAUGCACCACUGGAUUCUGGUUUUUCUCCUUUCUGGUAAUACACAGAGCCAUAGGUUAAAUGGGCCUCUUGCCUCAAAUAUAACCUGCUUAACCAUAUAAUCAUAAAUAAGUGCCAACUGAGGGAAUCUGUAGGGAGAUUUGCUUUACUGUGAAUCCUGCCAAUUACAUUUUCAUAAGAAAAAUAUUCUCCUCUAACCUUUAAAUUCUGAAAGCCUUGUUUCAUAUACAGUUCAGGUGUCUCAUUGAAACUCCAUGAGGGUGUAUAAACAUCUUCAUCUAAUGGUUGAAAAGCAAAGCAGUCGAUUUUAGACCUGAGCAAAAAAGCUUAUUCAGCUUUUCCCACAGAAUAAUUGCAGAACGAUUGGCCUUCCUCCAAAACAAUCCGUUCUUUCCAAAUUUAAGUAAUUUUUAAAAAUGCAAAUGAUCUUUUAUUUUAAAUAAAGUUUUUCUUUAAAAGAAACGAAGUGCCAUGCAAUUGUAGCUUCAACUGACUUCACUGAACCAAUCCAUUGAAUUCCACGUCAUUCAUAAUUCUACUUUUUAUCAUGAGACUGUCGGACAGAAAUCACCAGCUCUUUGUUUUGUUUGUUAGUUUACCAGUCAAUGAGGUGGGAACUCUUACACAGCUCAGUUGAGGUAUUUUGCGCAAUAUAUACUGUACAACAUGUACAUGCAAGAGAUAGAGGUUUUACUUUUACCAAAAAAAAUGUGAACAAUACAAAAUGAAGAUAGUAACAGUACUAAGCGGUCUUGCCUUUUUAAUCUUAUGGCAGCUCAGAAGGGAGGUGCUGAAAACCUUGAACUAUUAUUGUCAGAUCAAAUGACAAAAUCCUUUGUUUUUUCCCAUUACACAGAUUGGGUACUGAUCACACAUGAUGUGUAUAGGGCUAAAUAUCUGCUUGUUUGUUUCUUUGCACCUGUGUACUUUUAUUUCCCUCUGUAGGCAAUAAACGGCCAUUUUGCAACUGCA